AGAUGUUAGACCAGUUCUUGGCCUGGGGUACUCCGUGAAUUAAGAAGAGGGGCGGUUAAUUAUCAUAUCCCCUUUUGUGGCGUGGGGGGAAGGGAGUUAUUGGAAGAAUAAGGCUAUUUAUAUCUGGAAAAGUGAGGCUGAUCAUUUGUCGGAGCAGGUGUCUCACAAGAAGGGUGGUUCUGAUAGUAAUUGGUAUAUCAGGCUGGAAGAGGAAAGAGAGGAUUUCAGGAUAAUACCAGGGUGGAAAGAAAAGCAGAGGUUAAUUAUCAUGAUAACAAGUAUACGGUUUCCAGUCUGAUGAGUUGUGAGUCAGGCUUCAGGAGGGGGAAAGGGAGUAUAAUAAUAAUAGGGGAAAAGUUAAAGCAUACAAUAAAGGAUGGUUCCUAAACCCACCCACAGUAUCCCUGAAUUGGAAAGUGAGCCCCAAGUUAGCCCUGCUUGUCUUGUUUAAUUUGACCAUUUAGACAGGGAAAGCUAAAAUCCAUAAGGGAUGGAAGGGGAGGAAAACAGCAGUCCUCCCUUCUCAGGAGUGUUUGCGGACUGCAGUUUGGCCUUUUGGACUCUGUGCUCAGUGAUUCUGCCGGUAGUGAUCACCUUGUGGUGCAGCUUCCAGCGAUCCCGGAGGCAGGUGCUGAGGCGAGACAUCUUCCGCAAGAGCAAGCAUGACUGGCACUACACGGAUCUCUUUGGCCAGCCCACCUAUUGCUGUGUGUGUGCCCAACACAUUCUUCAGGGAGCUUUUUGCAACUGCUGUGGGCUGUGUGUCCACGAAGGGUGUCUCAAGAAGGCCGACCAUCAUUUCCUCUGCAAGGAGAUUAUGAUGAGGAGUGAUGGUGAACCCCACACCUCUAUGGCACAUCACUGGAUCAGAGGCAACGUCCCACUGUGCAGCUAUUGUGUCGUAUGCAAGCAGCAGUGUGGCACCCAGCCCAAGCUCUGUGACUACAGGUGUGUUUGGUGUCAGCACACUGUACAUGAUGAUUGCAUGCAGAGUUCUUUAAAGAGUGAGAAGUGUCGUUUUGGAGAAUUCAGAAGCUUAAUUAUUCCACCAUAUUAUUUAUCUACCAUUAAUCAGAUACGUAAGGAUAAAAGAACUGAUUAUGGAAAGUUGGCAUCCUCCUAUGGUAAACACUGGACCCCAAUAAUAAUCCUGGCUAAUACUCGUAGUGGAAACAACAUGGGCGAAACAUUGUUGGGAGAGCUUAAGAUUCUCUUAAACCCAGUUCAGGUUUUUGAUCUGAGCAAAAUUUCACCUGCCAAAGCACUCCAGCUUUGUACCUUGCUGCCUUAUAAUUCUGCUAGGGUGCUUGUUUGUGGUGGGGAUGGCACAGUGGGCUGGGUCCUGGAUGCAAUUGAUGAAAUGAAGAUAAAGGGACAAGAACGGUAUAUUCCACAAGUUGCAAUCUUACCUCUCGGAACAGGACCUGAUGCUCUCAUGGCUCUCAACUUUCAUGCACAUCGUGAGAAGACCCCCUCACUGUUUUCCAGCAGAAUUAUUAAUAAGGCUGUUUAUUUUUUCUAUGGAACCAAAGAUUGUUUAGUACAGGAAUGUAAAGAUCUUAACAAAAAAAUUGAGCUAGAGCUGGAUGGUGAGAGAAUUGAUCUGCCGAAUUUGGAAGGUAUCAUCGUCCUGAAUAUUGGAUACUGGGGAGGUGGCUGUAGAUUAUGGGAAGGAAUGGGUGAUGAGCCUUAUCCCCUGGCAAGGUAUGAUGAUGGAUUGCUGGAAGUUGCUGGAGUUUAUGGCUCUUUCCACUGUGCACAGAUUCAGGUGAAAUUAGCAAAUCCUGUUCGACUAGGACAGGCACACACUGUGAGGCUGAUUCUGAAGAAUUCAAAGAUGCCAAUGCAGGUGGAUGGAGAGCCAUGGGCACAGGGACCCUGCACUGUUACCAUAACUCAUAAGACACAUGCACUGAUGUUAUAUCACUCGGGUGAGCAAACGGAUGAUGAUGCUUCCAGCAUGUCGGAGCAGGAACACACAAAGGAACAGAUGGAUGAAGACAUAUAGGUUUUGAAGGAUUUUACAUAAUAUAUUAAUCAAUUCUUGUUUAAAAACGUAAUUAAAUGUAUAUUAAAUGUUCUAUCUCAAUGACUAUAUCUUUAUGCAGUAAGGUGUAGACUUGUGAGUGGCAUAGGGGUAAAAAAAAAAAAAGCCAUGCUUUCAAGUAUUAAUGGAAAAACCUCCAGGUUAACCUUUAGUAAAACACUUAGGUAUAUACUAUCAAAAUGAAAAUCUCACCAUAACUUAAACUGAUUUUUCUUAAGGCUAAAUGUCGUUUUAGUAUGUCUUGAGAAUACUAUUUUCUCUUUUAAAUAAGCAGUAUGUCUUACUCAGUUAAACAAUAUACCGUGAAGUGCACAUAACAGAAAUAUUGAAAUGUGACUCUGGGUAGCACGACCAUCUUUUAAGACCUAUGUAACAAGAUUGUUUCUUUUGGAGACCAUUGGUAACACUUUAAAAACUGUUACAGAUAACUGAUCUUGUCUGAUGAUGAUCUGAAAAUAGCAACAUGGCAAGUCAGUCUGUGCCACCACAUUGAUCGUAUAUACAUAUAUGAUCAGUAAAGAUGUAUUAUCUGCAAAAACAGAUGGAGAACAUAUGUAUAUUUUGCUUCCUGACUAGGUCAUGCAAGGUGAAUAAUAGCUCUGCGGGAUUUAAAACUUUAUUUCCCAUUUAAAUUUAUGGCCACAAAAGAGCAUUAUUGCAAACAAUGAUACAAAAAUUCUGAAUAGAUCUAACAGUAGAUAUAAACAUCCUGUUUAGGUAACCAUCAAGAUUUCUCAGGGUAAAUAUUGACCUAGUUGAAGCUUCUCAGGUUUAAAACUUCAUGGUCGCUUCAGCAGAAAUCAAUAUUUGCUCUUUAGUUAUUUUAUGAGCGAGUAACUUAACCUACAAAGCCAAGAGCUUGACGCUAAGGAGUAAACCUGUCACUAAUCAAUCCAGUUGAGCUCAUGUACUGCAAAUGAUCUCCAAACAGUAACUGAAUUUAUAGUGGAUGUGUGCUGUAUACAUUAAGCCCAGUGACAAGUUAAGGAAAGGUCUAAACACUGAAUUUUCUUACCUCUUUUGUCAUUUUAAGCCAGCACCUUCAAAUAACUUUCCUUUUGUUUUCUAUAUGCUAGUUUAAAGGGACACUAUCAAGUAGGGUAGGCCAUAUAUCUAGGUUUUGUAAACCAAAUGCAGUUGUUUUACAAAAUCUAAAAAAGACCUUCCAUGGAUUACCUAAUGUUCAUGAAAACAUUUUUUUAAACAAUUUAUUUAAGCAUUUUUGUACAGGUUUAUGGAAAUCAAACACAACAGCACUAUAUCAGUGCAUGAUAGACCAGGAAGUUAAACAGACCCUUUCUGGUUUAAAUUUUCCAUGCUGAGUGAAAAGCAAAAAGCAAACAUAGUUUAUAUGGUAAAAAGUUAAUUACAUUUUUGAAACUCUUCCAUUUUUAAUAAUCUUUCAAGAUAAAAAUAUGUUUUAACUUGACAGUGUCCCUUUUAAAAAGUUUACAUGCUAGAUUCUAAAUACUACUGACAUUAGUAAAUUCAUAUUUAGACAGAUUUGCAAGGUGUUUGUUUAUAUAUGUGAUUAGAAUGUAAUUAAUUGUAAAUGUUGACAAAAAAUGUAAAUUUUAUACUUGGGAGCCUUAUAGACCUUCUUUGAAUUUAUAAUUUAUCAUGUAAAUACAUUGCGAUUUGAGUCACAGAAGUCCACAUAAAAAGUAAAUUAAAAAUACCCAAAGUAGAUAUACCAUGUUAUGGAUAGAUCCACGAUCCAAAUCUUCUUUAGUUAAAACUGACUUUAGGUUAUACUAGCUUAAAAAUCAUUUUAAACUGGUAAACCUCUACUUUAUUUAUAUUUGAAUAACUUAUUCACACUUAUUUUUAAAAUAUUUAUUUAAAUAUUAUGCUCUUAUCCUUGUAUACUAAUGUUUACAGACAAGUUAUAAAGCUCUGGAAAAACUAGGUAUGUAUUUGGAAUGCAGAUACGUUAGAAAGACAAUGACAGGAUUUCUUGAUCUAAACUUAUCAAACUGUGUUGGGGAGAAUCAUCUAAAGUUUAUCUGGAAAUUUUCAAGAUCUAUUUCAAUACUCAUAGGAUCAAAAACUGUCCUGAAUUUUGAAAGUUUGAACCCCCACCCUACCCUUAAAUAAAAGCUUAUAAAAUGCUUUUUUCCUGGUUCUGAGGAGUUGGUAGAUUGAAGAUCCAUCCUGUCUCUAGAUGGAUACCAGUGACCGAAUUGCUUCCUUCCUAAACCCUGUCUGUCAGGGAGAUCUCAGGGAUCUGUGCCUGUCCACGGACUGGUCGUUGAGAAACACUGCUCUAGAUGACAUCACAGUUGGUGAGAACAGGCUGUCUCCCAAUUUGUUUUGUUCUUGGUUGGAGGAAGGAAACUUAGGUACAGCACCUCAGACAAUGGGGUAUUGGCCAGGAGGUACUGUAUGCAGACAAGCUGGAUCCUUCCACUGACUGCAACUCACUGAGCACUUCUCAGGAUCUGGUACCAAAUGGGUGAAAUACUCUCUGGGCAAUAUAAAUCCAUGAAUAGCUUUGUAAUACAGGAGGAGAGUGGGCAGUGAAGGUAACACUUCAUCUAACACCUACUUGGUAAUUUUGGAGAGCUGCUUUCUGAGAAUGGCCAUAAUUGUCUGAGCCAGAUCAUCGCUCUUUGCAUGCUGAUGGGAGGAGAAUUAUGCUGCAUGUAUGAGCGAUUAGAAGUGAAUGUCUGAAUAGCUGAGGGCAUUUGAUCAGUAGCAAAUUUAGACAAUGUAUGCUUGGAAAGCCAUUCAGAAAAUUCUAUUUGAGGAUGGUAGAAGAUUGCACUCGCUAUAAAUUUUUAUCUCGAUGUCAGAUAUGCCAUACCCACUUUUCUGGAAUUGUGGACAACUGGAGACAGGUCAGAGGACUUUUUAAAAACAAAUGUUAAGGCUAGAAUUUAAAUAAGUCAGGUGAUCACAAGAAUCUUGCAAUUCCCAACUUUACCAACCUGUGGUUUUUUUGAAGAUUUUUUUUUUGUAAACUUCUCUUGCUCAACUGUUUUAUUAAUCAAAAGUUUUCAGUUCAUCACAAAUUUAAACUCAGAUUCUGUUGUGAAUUUCUCCCUGUGAAACCACUUUAGUCUGACUGCGGAAGUUAUAAGUCAUUAUCAUUUGCCUCCCCAUGUCUAAUUUGCAUAUAAAUUAAAUAAAGAUACUUUUCAGAUUUAA